GUCUGUCUGUCAUCACUACGUAAUACUUUCAAUAUGUAUGCUGAUUAUUCCAAUAUGUAUCGUCGCAACGCCGGUCGAGGAGAUCUAGGAACGCCAGGAUAUUUACAUGGACUACAGCGUACAUAUGACACAUACGCUUCCGACGUUGAAGGAACCACUGCUUACCAAUCCAACAGUCAAAGAGGUUUUCUUCCUGCUUUGCGCAAAUUCAAAUUACAUUGGUCGACAUUAUUUUUGAUCGUGCUUAUUGUUGGUGCGGCGUUGUCUGUGGUUCUCACUGUCGUUCUUACUUCAGAAACGUCCAGAAAAGAAAAAGAGCCCAGAGUAAUGUAUUUCUCAAUGUAUGUUGGAGAUGUGGGGGAGCCGUCCAAAAGCUUACAUCUCAGGAGCGAUGGUAAAGAGUGCAGUCUUAAAACGAACAAAAAGAACACAGAAGUUUCAAUCAAGCAAAUUGCUGACAAAGGCAUCGACCAACUAUACAGUUUCAUAUUCUAUGGAGAAAAAGUGCGAACGACAAAACCGAAAAAAGCCAAAGAUGCCAUUGCUAAACUCGAUGACUUCCCAGCAGAAGAACAGGAGAUAUUCAAUCAAAAAGGCGCUGUCCAAGAAUUUGUGAAUAGAAAGAGAGAUGGAAGGGACAUGCUUGUGCACUACAUCCCAUGCAGUUUCAACUACUCUGCUGAUGACGAAGAUGCUAAGGGGAUCGUACAAGUUUUGAAAGAAGCUGGAAUGGACAAGAAAUUGACGCUGGUUUCGAAUACCGCUAACAUAACAGAAGUGACAGAGGCCUUCAACAUUAAAAAAGAGGACAUUGGCAAUCUAUUCGAUCAAAACACAAACAUUACCGCAGAAAUAACAGACAUAGGUAGCAAAGAAGAUGUCACAACAACCACAGCUAAAACAAAGAAGCCGACCACUACUCCUACUCUGACAACACAGAAAAAACCACCCUCUUCAACCGCACACGAAGAAACACCAUCAACUGCUGCUUAUUCUGCUUCUACAACAUCAGUUACCAAAGAGGAAACAUCAGAAGGCUCCACUGCAACAGAAUCGGCCACCGCGACGAUAACAGACGGCUCUAGUGUCACCACAGUAACCGCAGAGACGAUAACAGGCAGCUCCAGUGUUACCACAGUAACCGACGAGACGGCAACAGGCGGCUCCAGUGUCACCACAGUAACCGACGGGACGGUAACAAGCGGCUCCAGUGUCACCACAGUAACCGACGAGACGGUAACAGGCAGCUCCACAGCAACAACAGCAACUAAUGAGACAACAGACAGUUCCACCGCAUCAACAGCGACUACCGAUAAGACAUCAAAAGUGACGUCCGUUACCAUCAAAUGUGCGGGCUCGUCGCUAGCUGGUGGAGUCAAGACCUCUGAUGAUGACGCCGAUGUCGAAACGUUAGUCUUGACAAUUAUUCAACAAUGCAAUUCUUUGAUCGCAAAUAAAGGCUUCAAGCAAGUGGUGUUAGAAGAACGAGCUUCACAUGACUCUGAGUAG